GCCAUGAAUUCUGCAGCAGCAAACGUUCUGGUUUUCUUCGUUGCUCUUACUCUACACACGUUUUCUGGAGUUUCAAGUUGUUCGUCAGGAUGGACUCUCAGUGGAAGUAGCUGCUAUCGACUUUUUACUACGAUUAAAACGUGGGAUAAUGCUGAAGCUGAUUGUGUCAAUAAAAGCGGACAUCUCGUAUCUAUCGUGUCAGACAGUGAAAAUACUGUGGUGUAUAACUUGACAAACGGCAGUCACGUUUGGAUAGGAGUGAAUGAAGACAGAGACGCCAACUCUUGGAGUGAUGGUAAAACAAUUUUAUAUCGUUGGAAUGGCAACACAGGACGACGACGACGCAACGACAACGACGAAGACGGUGACUACGACUACGACGACCCCGAAGAUUGCAUAAGAAUGAGUAGCAACAGUAAUUGGCAGCAUGAAUCGUGUACUAACCAGUAUUACUACGUUUGUGAAAGACCAGUACCGACUACCAACCCUUCUGCUACUAUUGUAUCUUCAGUGCAAACAUCUACUGCACCGUCAACCACUGUUGCAGCCACUAGGGAUCGUUCCACAACCAGAAGUCCCACCACGUUUGCCUCAAUCACAACGCAAUCGACGUCAGUAGCAACGACUGUUGUAUCAUCUCCUACUGCUGAAGGCAGCACACAGUUAGUGUCUACUACAGUUUCUACGUCUGCUCCAAUUACAACGCAAUCUACGUCAGCACCAACAACUGUAUCAUUGUCAACCACUGCUGAAGGCAGCACACAAUUUCCUACCACGACUUCUACGUCUGCUUCAAUUACAACGCAAUCAGCACCAACAACCGUAUCAUUGUCAACCACUGCUCAGGGUAGCACACUAUUGCCUACCACGACUUCUUCGUUUGUAUCAACUGGAACUCGAACGCCAUCGAUGGUCACAACUGUUUCACGACGAACAACCGCUCAAGUCAAGACACAACGGUUUCUGUCUACCACGACUUCUACGCUUGCAUCAUCACAAGCUACAAGAUCAGAUAAAUCGACAACUCGCAUGUCAGCAACGUCUACUGGCCGUUCAAACGGCAAUCUCUUGGCAUCGCUUGUAUCUACACCUUUAUCUGUUUUGCCUCGUGGUUCUACAAAGGCGAUGGUCACAAAACAUAAAUUUACGUCACAAAUUCUCUCAACACAAAUUUCUAGCUCCAACAAUUCCAAACAGUCAACAUCAGCAACAACGUCACGUGAAGAAAUGACACCAACGACACCAUACGUGAUUUCGAUAGCAAAUUCAAGUUCUUCAAACACGAUAGUUUACGCAGUAAUUGCUGCUUCAAUUUCAACUAUUGUUGUAAUCGUAUUUCUAAUUUUUGCACGUUUACUCUGGAAAAGAAGAGCAAGCAAGCGGGCUUCCAUAACAUUUCAAUCAGAUUUGGCAGAGAAACAAUACGCAAACAAAGUUUUUGGUAAUUCUCCAAAGACAGGCGCUUACUUUACUAAAAGCGGGUCAGCAACGGACGUGCACAUCUACUAUGAUCUCACAACAAGAAUGAUAGAGAAACCAACACGAGCAUCAGAACAACGUGCAAGUACGACGACAGACGCUAAUUUUACUAAUCAGGAAAUAGCGAUGGACGUGGAGGGAUACUGUAGGCCUUUAACAACAAUAGUAAACAAAUCAACAGAAACACCAAUCGAAGACGAGGAUGGAUAUCUAGCGUGUAGCUUUACAAACCCCUUAAUGAGUGAGAGAGAAGUAGACCUGCAAGACGGUUAUCUGUCUGUUACAGAUGGAACCCUGCAACAUGGUUAUCUGACUGUUACAGAUAGAACCCUGCAACAUGGUUAUCUGACUGUUACAGAUGGAACCCGGACGGAGUUGAAUGCUCUCAACCCCUUAGUAAUAAAAGAGAGAGAAGAAGAAGACCAGCAACACGGUUAUCUGACCAUUACAGAUGGGACGCGGACGAAGUUGAAUACUCUAGAGGAAACUUCAAAAGAGCAAAACAUAUGCACAACGUCGCCAGAUGGAAACGAUGAUGAUAAUAUAUACUGGGAACCGGCUUCUACCGUACGGGAACUUUACGUUCAACUUGAGGGAAGGAGAUUUAGAAAGAUCGACCGACGUGACGUCACCGAUAGGAAAGAGAUCGGAUCAGGAGAGUUUGGCGUGGUAGAGAAAGCAGUGUGGAUAGUGAAUGGUAGAGAGAAGCUGGCGGUGGCGGUAAAGACUCUGACAAAUGAAGCCAAUGCUGAUGAUCGCGUCAAAUUUCUUCGUGAGGCAGCAAUUAACGGACAAUUUCGGCAUCGAAAUGUUGUCCGUCUUCACGGUGUUGUCACCAUUGGAUCUCCGAUAAUGUUGGUUUUGGAGUACAUGGAAAAUGGUGAUCUUAAUCACUACCUUGUGAAACAAAGACCAGAGCGUAGCGGACAAUGUUGCCCUUCAGGUUCUGACAAGACGCUACUAAAAAUGUGUCGUGAUAUUGCAAGUGGAAUGGAAUAUCUUUCACGCAAAUUGUUCGUUCACAGAGAUUUGGCUUCAAGAAAUAUUUUGUUGAACGCAGAGCUGACUUGCAAGGUGGCAGAUUUUGGCAUGACACGUGACGUGUCUGACGACAACUACUACGUGACAAAAGGCGGGAAAGUCCCAAUAAGAUGGUGUGCUCCUGAGAGUUUGAAUUUUAAAAAAUAUUCGUCUGCCAGUGACGUGUGGAGCUAUGGAGUUGUCCUCUAUGAAGUGUGGUCGUUGGCACGACGUCCUUACGGUGUCAUGAAAAACAACGAGUUGAUGAAGAAGAUUGAGAUUGGAUAUCGCCUUUCUCCUCCUCCGGGAUGUUCUCGUUCUCUUUAUCAUCUCAUGAUUGACUGUUGGCAUCCUGAUCGCCAUGAAAGACCGAGUUUUGGAAAUAUCGUGCAGAGGCUUCAAGAAGCUGACGAAUUUCUUUUGACAAACAGAAAAGAAGAGAAGGGGAUUGAAGGAAAACUAGGAGACGCGUUGGACGCGUCAGAAAACUGUUACACAGACUUGCAACACAUUUAUGCAAAAUAUUGAUCGUGACACGU